AUGGGCGCGAAAUGGUCAGAUUUCAGCGCGGGAGAUGCAGAUCUGGUCGCGCGGAGUGCAGAUCUGGGUGGGCGGAGGGUAGAUCUGGGCGGGCGGUGUGCAGAUCUGGGCGCGCGGAGGGCAGAUCUGGGCGGGCGAAGUGCAGAUCUGGGCGCGCGGAGUGCAGAUCUGGGCGGGCGGAGUGCAGAUCUGGGCGCGCGGAGUGCAGAUCUGGGCGGGCGGAGUGCAGAUCUGGGCGCGCGGAGUGCAGAUCUGGAUCUACUCCUCCCGCGCCUAGAUCUGUUCAUUCCGCGCCCAGAUCUGGAUUCCGCGCCACCAGAUCUCCUCCUCCCGCGCCCAGAUCUGAACAUUUCGCACCCAGAUCUGCACUCCGCGCGCCCAGAUCUGCACUCCGCCCGCCCAGAUCCGCCCUCCGCGCGCUCAGAUCUGCCCUCCGCGCGACCAGAUCUGCACUCCGCGCGACCAGAUCUGCACUCCGCGCGACCAGAUCUGCACUCCGCCGGCUACAACCUUCGCUCGGUUGUCUUUCAGGAAGGCGGUGGACUUCAGCCCGUGGCCCCCACCGCUCCUACUGGACCUGCCCCCGCCCACCCUGGCACCGAGCCCUCUCCCCCCUGUGAUCCUCCCACCUUCGCGCCGAAUGUCAACGACCCGCAGAGCUCGGAAACCGCCAUUCGCACCUACCGCACCAAUCUCCAAGAGCACCUCCGCCUGCAAUUGCGUUACGAGGACGAUAGGCGCAUCUAUGACGAGGCCGCUGCCCGCUACAACACGUACCAGGAGGACCUGGACACUUACACUGCAGAACUUGCAGACUACACCACGAAAAUUAAUGCCUGGCGGGUUGCUGAUCGGCGUGCGCUUGCCAUUCUUCUCGCCACCAUCCCCUCCUCCCUCAAACGCGAGCUCUCACCUACCUCCUCCUCCCACCUGUGGCGACUGCUAGUCGACCUUUUCGAUCGGCAGGACGUUGCCACUCUUUACGCCCUUAUCAAGGAGUUUGGAACUCUCUCCAUGGAUUCCACUUCUGGCGCAGCUGCUUUCACUCGCCGUGUCUUAGACCUUGCUCGGCGCCUUGCAACACUCGAUGUGGUGUACCCGGACACCGUCAUCUGCUGCCACCUCCUCGAGGGCCUCACACCUGCCUUCGAUGCUCACAAGCUUGCUUACAAGCAGCUUAUCUCCAAGCACCACACCCCUGCCGAAGUCGCUCAGUGGAUUAUCACCACCGAAGCUGAGAUCCUUCGCCACUCUUCCUCCAUAGCCGCAGCAGCCCAGUCGCGCAGCAGCCGGGGUGGACGUGGCGGUGGGCGUGGGGGUGGACGAGGGGGAUCAGCAGGUCGCGGUGGUGCUGGCAGCAGUGGUGCGGGUCGUGGUACGGCAGCUGCCUUUCCUCCCUGUCAGUACCUGCCUCGCUACGGUCCCACUCAGGGACACCGCUGCGGCCAAACCACCCAUGCCACUGAGACGUGCUUCAAGGCACUCAGUGAUGAGUGGUUUGCCCGUGGCAACACCGGCACCCCUCCUCGCUGGUCCGCCCUCAACCCUCGCCCCACUCCCCUUGAGGUCCGUUCCUCUCCCCUUUAUGAACCUCCCUCCUCCACCCACGCCCACCAGGCCCUCACCCCUCCCCAGCAGCAGCACCAGCAGCAGCAACAGCAGCAGCAGCUUGGGAAUCAGCAGCAGGGGUCACAGCAUUGCCUCCCCCCCCCUCCUUCCCCCCCCCCCCUCCCCUCCCUCCCACUAACCCACCCCUCCCCCCUCGCCCUCCUGACUCUGACUGUUCCUGUCGCUCCCUCUCCCACCCCACCAUCCUCCUCCAUCACAGGCUAG